GCGCUGGCGGACUCGCGCUGCUUCCUGGCCUGCAUGUGCUUCCUCACCUUCAUCCAGUCCCUCAUGGUCUCGGGCUACCUGAGCAGCGUCAUCACCACCAUCGAGCGGCGCUACAGCCUGAAGAGCUCCGAGGCCGGGCUGCUGGUCAGCUGCUUCGACGUGGGCAGCCUGGUGGUCGUGGUGUUCAUCAGCUACUUCGGGGGGCGCGGGCGCAGGCCGCUGUGGCUGGCCGUAGGUGGGUUUUUCAUCGCGCUGGGGGCUGCACUCUUUGCCUUACCUCACUUCAUCUCCCCGCCCUACCAGAUCCAAGAGCUCAACUCCUCCGUCUCCAACGAGGGCUUGUGCCUGACUGGUAACAAUACCACCAGGGACCCUUUGGACUCACCCGCCUGUGUCAAGGACUCUGGUGGGAAGGAUCAUGCCCUCUAUGUAGCUUUAUUCAUUUGUGCCCAGAUCCUCAUUGGCAUGGGCUCCACACCCAUCUACACCCUGGGACCAACCUACCUAGAUGACAAUGUCAAGAAAGAAAAUGCAUCGCUUUACCUAGCCAUCAUGUAUGUAAUGGGAGCACUUGGUCCCGCAGCAGGAUAUUUAUUAGGAGGAGUCCUUAUCGGUUUUUAUGUUGAUCCUAGAACAACUGUUUAUAUUGACCAGAGCGACCCUCGAUUCAUUGGAAACUGGUGGAGUGGAUUCCUCCUUUGUGCCAUUGCAAUGCUCCUUGUGAUAUUCCCCAUGUUUACUUUCCCAAAAAAGCUUCCACCUCGACAUAAAAAAAAGAAGAAAAAGAAGAUGAGCUCUGAUGAUGUUUCAAGUGAUGAUGAUGUAAUGAAAGAGAAAACAAACGGCAAAAGACAAGAGGAGAGUGCAGUUGCUGCGUCUAUGGGAUUUGGAAAAAAUGUUAAAGAGCUUCCAAGAGCAGCUGUCAGGAUCUUAAGCAACAUGACAUUCCUUUUUGUGAGUUUGUCAUACACAGCUGAGAGUGCCAUUGUUACUGCUUUUAUUACCUUCAUUCCCAAGUUCAUCGAGUCACAGUUUGGCAUCCCAGCUUCUAAUGCCAGCAUCUACACUGGUGUGAUUAUUGUCCCAAGUGCUGGUGUUGGUAUUGUCCUAGGUGGCUACAUUAUCAAAAAACUCAAACUUGGUGCAAGAGAGUCUGCAAAGUUGGCUAUGAUCUGCAGUGGUGUGUCUUUGCUGUGCUUUUCAACGCUCUUCAUUGUUGGAUGUGAAAGCAUUAAUCUAGGGGGCAUAAAUAUACCUUACACAACAGGUCCUACUCUAGCCAUGGCCCACAGGAAUCUGACUGGCAGCUGUAAUGUUAACUGUGGAUGUAAGAUUCAUGAAUAUAAACCUGUUUGUGGAUCAGAUGGAAUAACAUACUUUAAUCCUUGUCUGGCUGGCUGCAUCAAUGGUGGAAAUCAGAGCUCAGGGGUAAGAAAUUAUACAGAAUGUGCCUGUGUUCAAAGCCGCCAAGUUAUCACUCCACCAACAGUGGGACAGCGCAGUCAGCUCAGAGUGGUUAUUGUCAAAACGUACCUGAAUGAGAAUGGCUAUGCUGUUUCUGGGAAGUGUGAUCGAACCUGCAAUACACUUAUCCCAUUCCUAAUAUUUCUUUUCAUAGUUACCCUUAUAACGGCAUGUGCCCAGCCAUCAGCAAUCAUAGUGACACUCAGGUCUGUGGAAGAUAGUGAGCGGCCUUUUGCACUAGGAAUGCAAUUUGUUUUAUUACGAACUCUUGCUUACAUUCCUACUCCAAUUUAUUUUGGGGCUGUUAUUGAUACUACAUGCAUGCUUUGGCAACAGGAUUGUGGCGUGCAAGGAUCUUGCUGGGAAUAUGAUGUCACAUCCUUUCGUUUUGUCUACUUUGGAUUGGCAGCUGGUCUCAAGUUUGUAGGUUUCUUUUUUAUUUUUCUGGCCUGGUAUUCCAUUAAAUAUAAAGAAGAACAACUGCAGAGACACAGAUGGAGGGCCUCCCCUAUAAACACAGUGAGUGAGAUGGUUGGCAAUGCUGGACCUCAACAGAACCAUGCACGGACUAGAUCCUGCCCUACUUUCAGUUCUCAUGGAGAACACAAUGAAGGCAUUAAUUUGGCACGAGGAAUGAAUUGCAUAGCUCAAACUUAUCCUGGCCCCUUUUCAGAAGCAAUAAAUUCUUCAACUGAAAAUGCAUCAGAAGAAGUCACUGCUGAGAUGUAAACCCCAGGCUUGGUAAUGUAAAAUUUGGUUUUGUUGGUUGACUUGAAUAUGGCGCCUUGUGAAACACCUGUGCCUUCUUUUUUAACCUGAACACAAUACAUAAUAAACCAACAAAACUUAAUGCAAGCAAACAAAGAAUACUUGAGGGCUGGAUACCUCAAAAUGUUCCAAAUUCCUAUUUCUCCUCUCUGGAUAAAUGGAUUUUUAAUAUCUGUGUUUGCAAUUAUUUUGGGUGUGUCCAUUAAAUGUUCAUGCUCUGCAUAAGGAUGAAGUAUUCUGAAUUUCAUGGGUCAAUGGAAGAGUGACAGUCAUUCAUAUAACUAGUCAGGACUGUGAGAAAAAGUUUAAAUGUACUAUAGAUUUCACAUCCAUCAUAGUUUUUAGAGAUGAGUAAUUACUGUGAGUUCUGCUACAAAGCACAACUGAACUUGUUUAAACUAUGCAACUUAUUUGGAUAAAUAUGUGCAGCAUGUUCAUUUCAAGUUCGCUUUUAAAGAUUUAAAUUCAACUCAUUUUGAAAAGGACUAUUUUUAGACAUAAAUGUAAGAUUUACAAAAAGACAUGAUGUUUAAGUCCUGUUGAUAAUAUGUUAAGCCAUAGAAAAGAUGUACAUCAGGUGAAGUUUUCGAAUAAUGAGACAUAAUAUCCUUAUCCUGUAAAAACGUAUGUUUAUUUUAAUUUGAUAGGAUGUAGCAUUUCUAAAUGUAGUUUGCAGGCUAUGAAGUCAUAACUCUUGAGUGAAAAACUACAGUAUUAGUUUGUGAUAGCAUUAAGACAUAAUAAUCAUAUGUAUAGGGGCUAUAACACAGAUUCAUAUUUUGUAACUACCUCUGCAGUUAUCUGUUGUAGGUGGUUAUUGUUAACCACAAAUCCAUAUUUGGAAACACAGUAACCAGUUAUAUUUUGAUUGGAAAUGCUUGGUUGUAGUUUGCAAAUGCAUGCAGAUCGUUUUAAAUCGAUCUCUAGCUUCCCACUAAUUAGGUGAAAAACUUAAGACUUUUGAAAGCUGCAUUUCAGGAUUGACCUACUGCCAUGCCAAACAAACCUCAUAUCAAUAGCAAAGCAGAUUUUUAAAAAUAAAAUCUUUGUGGAUUGAUGGCAGGGUCAUACAAAAAAUGGUUGGCAUGUCAGCAAAUUCUCUCCAGCAUCCUGUCACUGAUUGUGCCAUGUUCUUUAUGGAGUCAGACUCUGAGUCCAGAAUCUUCCAGCAGCAGAUUGAAUUAUCUGGUAAGCAUAUUCCUCACAAAAAUAUUGCAUAAUCUGUCCCUCAUGGUUACUCAUGUAACGCAAUUUCAUUUAGGGUUCUGUGAGGAAAAUAGAAGAGUCAGCUGACUUUGCCCUUUAGGGGAACAAGAAGACACAAAAAGCAAUUCCACACCCAGACCCACAGGCCAUUACCUGGCAUUUAACAAUUCAAAAUACGGUUUCAAGGAGGGAGGGGGAACAUGUAAAAGUAAGAGAUUUUUCCAAUUUUAUCUGCAACCUUUUAUCUGCAACUAAUUCUUCUUCUGCAACCUUAAUCUGGAGACAUUACAGCUACUUUCUGCCAGCAUGUUAGCUAUAAUUUAAUUUAAUAUAAUUUCAGAUGAGAAAAACAGCCAAAUCUGUAUUCUACUCUCAGGUGCACAUUCUUAGGAAAUUUGAAUCAACUCCUCUGCAAGGCAGCACGUAGAAGAUUCUGUCUUUUGUGAAGUUUGCAUGAUGAUAAACAGGAGGAAGAAGGUGUUGUAUGUACAGUAGAAGGAAAUACCUUAAAAUAGAUAUAAACAAUUUCCAUGUGGCUUCAUGAAAAAGGGAUUUUAAUAUAACAAAAUAUAACAAGUUCAGUGAAGGUCACAUAGAAUCAAAUCCUGUUUCUAUUGAAGUUAAUGAUAAAAAAUCCUUUGGUAUUAGUAGCCUCAGGCCUUGGCCAGUAGAGAAGAUUCCUGUGUCCCUCUGUAUUGCCAGUUUCCUCACAACUCUUCCUGCCUGUCUUUGACAAGCAUGUGAAGACUCCCCAUGCUGGCAUCAGACUUGGGAUGUAUGUAAUAUUGUUUAAAUGGCUACCCAUUUAAAAUCUUCUAAUGAUAUUGGUUAAACAGUUAACUGAUGACACAUACCUAAUGUGUGCGUGUGUGUUUACUUCACACUGCCCCAUGUGCACGUGGGGCAUGUUGUCCCCCACAGAACUUUCUGCCAAAUGGAGCCAGGCACCCCCCUGUCUGGUGGCACCAGUAUCUCCUUGCACCUUCCCUGUCUGCAGCCCAGGCAAGGACUUCCCUGCCCUUCCACCUUGUACUCGUUCUCCCACCUGUGCUAAUUUGUGUGCAGGUCGGGGGGGUGGAGCCUGCCCUGCAUAUCUCCAGCCUUGCUGCUGACUGCACUGUGCUGCUGCCACCAGUCACGCUGCAGAGGGCCAGAGGCUGGCUUCCACCUGCCUCCUCUUGGCAAACUUGCAAGUGACUGAUCCGCUGCUACCUGCCCUGGCUGGCAUAGCACAGGUGCUUGGGGCCAGAUGCAGCAGCAUGGGGGUAAGUGGCUGGGGGAGGAGGCGGUGGCAAUCCCUGCCAGACAACAUGCCCCCCUCCCCAGUCCCAGGUCAGCAGCAAGCUGCAGGGAGAGGGAGGCAGAGGCAGAGCUAUAUGCUGUGACUAGCCUCCUUCCUGGGGCACUGUGCUGCUUUCCUUCCCUGCCAGACUCCAUCCAGCCCUAAACAUUAACUGUAAUGCAUUACUAGAAUAAAUAUACUUACCAUUUAACCUUUCACAUCCCUACAUCAGACCCUGGUCUAAAUACUGAUAGCUGUCUGUCUGUCUGUCUAUCCCUCCAUCCAUCCAUCCUAACCAUUCUUUGGUUAGUCUGUAAAGUGCAAAUCUACCUUGCUUUCUACUUGACUUCAGACUAUCACAGCUAACUACAUCUGUCUGAAAUGUUGAUUCCAGUCAUUGCAGAGUGUCCUGAUUAGUUUAUCAGGUUAUUUGGGUAGAUGUGGUAUCUUUUAUUAGACCAACUGAGUAGUUACAAAAAACUUUUUUCCAAGCUUGCAGGUGCAAUCACUGUUCUUCAAGCAUAGGGAGCCUCUGCUGUGCUAUACUGUUUGAUUAGUUUGUAUAGCUCUAGAGCCUUCAAGUAUUCACAGAAAAUAAUUUCUUUCUACAACUAAGUAUAGACAAAUAUCACUGACUAGUGACAACUAAGUCACUCCCUGUUAUUCUUUUGUCAUUAAUGCUUAUUGAAGCUAAUAGGAAGCCCGAGAAAUUUCUUCUUCUUGUUCAAUAUCCAGGCAGGUUAUAUCCCUGAUGUAGAGGCUUGCUUUGGGAUAUGUAGUCAUCUGCACCAUCCUUUACAACUUAUACCCAUUGCUCCAGGAAUAAACCCAGUCAGAGACUUGAUGCAGAAAUUAUUGUGUGAGGUUCUUUCUCUUUGUUAUUGUUGGAGUUCAGAAUGGGUUAUUAAAAUGGUGACUCCUAGCCUUAUUGUGGGAGACGGAGUGUACCUCCCCUCUUUCUUCUUAUUAAAAACAUCCUAAAAACUUUGUAGUGGUCUUUCCUUCUCAUGUCCUUGUGACAAGAUAUUUAGCAGAAUUCACACAUUCCUUGGAAUCUGACAGGGCCACACUGUGAAUGUUUAUAUUAUGGCCUCAAACAUGCAACCUCUGGGUAGUCAGCCAUAUGAGUUAGUGCCCAUACCACCCCAGCCCCCAUUUAAAAUGGUGAAACUAGCAAAGAGGUAUAAGGGUCCUGCAACACACGUACUAAGAUCUUGUCAAAUUUAAGGGGAACAGUGACCUUUGUAUAGACCAGUGCAGUGUAAAGUCAGGGCAGAAUCAGGCUUCCCAGUAUUGCAGCAGCAAAUGCAAAUUACAGAGUAAAUCUCUUGUUCCCUUCUCAACGAGUGAACAAGCAGACACAUCCUUCAACUAUUGAAGCUUUUGGAUUAAUUCCAAGGAAACUAAAGCAUGUUGAAACUGAGCAUUUGUGCUCCAUGAGCAUUUCUGACCCUUCAAAUUGUAAUGAAUUUCACAAGAAAAAUUUUAAGUACCUUGUAAAACAAAAUUUCUGGAAAAAUUAUUAUAGAAAAACUGAAAUCACCUUAUUGAAAUACUUCUUUUCAGCUGUUUUAACUUUUAAUUUAUCAUUUACACAAUGGUGAAUUAUUUUUGUAUAAAUUUAAAAUGUUGUUUCAGUAAUAUUUUAUAAAAUAUUAAGAUAACAAUAAUGUAUUCUCACAUUCAAGUUUCAUUUAAUCAACAUUCUCUGAAACAAAAGCCCUGUUCCCUUGAAACAUUUAACUAGCUCUUAAAGACAGAAAUCAUGGUUUGAGGUGGUUUCUGUGAAAAGCAGUGUUACCUAUGAUUUGAGGCAGAAUUGCCAGAAAAAAAAAACUUGCAGAAAAUUAAAUCCUGGCUGCCAGCACAGAGAAAGGGAGCCAAGAUGGCAGCCACCCCCCCUCCUUCCAUUGUUGAUUGGCUGAGAGAGCUCCCUGUUGUGUGACCAUGCUGAUUCGCCAAUCAGUGGUGAGGGGCAGAACCACAUGAAUGACAGCCUCCAUGGCCAGUCAACGGUGUGGAGGGGCAUUAUUGCAAAAAACUAUGAAAAUGUUAUCACCCGUCUGCCUCCUUGAUUUCUGUAGGUCCCUAUUUAUAACCACCCUUAAGGUAUCUGAAGACUGUUUUCAAAUGCCCCCUCAAUCUUAUCUUCUUCAGGUUAAAAUCCUAGUUUUUGUGGCUUUCUAGUUUUUGUGGCUUUUCUUUGUAAGUCAUGUAUCCCAGGCCUGUAAUCAUUUUCAUUAGUCUUUCCAAUUCGUCUGUAUCUUUCUUGAAGUGUGGGACCUAGAACUGGAAGCUCCACCAGUUUUGAAUAGAGUGGAAAGAUCACUUUCUUUGAUUUGCAAAAUACACUCCUGUUAAUACAACAGUUUGCUAUUGGCCUUUUUUUGCAACAAUUGCAUACUUAGCUCAUAUUCUACUUUUGGUCUGCUGUAACAACUCUUUUUCUCUAGUACCGCACCUGGCCAUUCAUUCCCCAGUCUGUAUUUGUGCAUGGAAUUGUUCUGUCUUAAGUGCAGGAGUUUGCCCUUAACCUUACUGAAAUUAACUUGAUUCAUUGUUAAACCAUUUCUUUAAUUUAUCAAGGACAUUCUGAAUCAUAGCCCUACUCUCCAGUGUCUGCAACUCAACCAAACUUGGUGUAAUUUGAAAAUUUGCUAAUCGUUUACUCAAUGCCUUCUUCCAAAUCAUUAAUUAAAAUAUUAAACUGGACCUAUGAUACAUCCCUGGGGAAUCCCUAUUUCAUCCCUCAUUCCAACUGGACAUUGAGCUAUUGAUCUCUACAUGUUGAGCUCAAUGAUCCAAACAACUAUGUAUUCAUUUUACCAUACUUAAAUGUAGUGAAGGGAAGCUAUAUUCGGAAUGAGCUACAAUAGCAGAAGGCUAGGUCCUGUCCUCCUGUGAUAUUAGUCUGCAAGGAAUGGCAUCAAUCAGUGACAUGGGAAGCUAGUUGGAAUUCUGAAGUGCCAUCAUAGAGAAGCUGCAAUUCUUUUCUCACAGUAGCCUAUCUCCACUGACAUCCAUGGAGUUGCUUCUGAUUUACAUUGCAGUACAUGGAAGGAAAAAUCAAACCUAACGUCUGAAAUUAGCAGACUAGACAUCCAUAUAGUUUGUUUCCUUCAAAAGAAAAAGACAAGCAAAAUGGAAACAGAAAAUGAGAAAGAGGACAGUUAGAAUCUAUAAGUGUGAUUCUUUACCCUUUGGAGUCCAUUCUGAAAGUGUUGGCAGGGGGUUCAAAGACUACAAGGUAGGGCUGUACAUAUUUACAGAUACAGACCCGAUUCUCUACUCCCUUACAUUUUGGGCUCAUCUACAUGUUGCCCUAUGGCGACAUAAUGACACGCUACAUUGCCUUACACUGCUAUGGCAACAUAGCAAUCACAUGAGUCUCUGUGGGAUUGCUAGUUACGUUGCUGUAGUGGCAUGCUCCCCUGGCAUAGUGCGUCACUAUAGUGAAGUAGCAGCGAAAUCUAAUCGUGUGCUGCAUGCAUGGCACAGUAACUGCCCUUAGUGCUCCAUGCUUUAGUACUUCUAAAAGGAAGCACUAAAGCACAGCGCCAUAGCAGCAUUGCCAUACAGUGACAUGUAAACAUGCCCUUUAUGAUGUUCUUUACUCCUGAGAGACUGGAUAUAUAUUGAUGCUAUCUGAUUGGGUAGUACUUUUCACCCACUGACCACAGAUGCCAUGGCUACAGCACAUGCAUCAAGCAAAGAACCAGACUAGUGCUAUUCUUAUAAUCAAUUGGAAAUUUUCAAAAAUUAACAUUUUUACAUGUCCUUUUAGGCUAGCUUUGUACCCUAGUCUUAUAUUUUCAAAACUACAAACUCCAAAAUGCACAUUUCUUAAGAUUAAUAUUAUAUAAAUGAACUAGGUUGAUAUUUCCUAGUAGAUAUUUAAAAUAGUUUGGAAUUAUAAAUAUUUGUUCAUAGUGUUUAAAAAAAUAGAAAUGACAGAUUGAUUUUCUUCAAAUAUAUGUACAAUCUACAGUAUUACACACUUAUACAAUAUGGCCCUGAUCAGAUAAAAUACUUUUAAGUGUGUGCAUAACUUACACAUGAUUAAUUUGCUUCAAGUUGUAUGCAUACUUAGUGCUAAAUCAAACCCAUUAGAGUAUUGAAGGGAGUUCCUUUCUGCACAGAGUAACUUCCGUGUCAAGAUUUUUUCUUUCAUUGAAUGAUUUUUUGUAAGAAGAACAGCAGAGGGUGAACUCAGGAAAAAUUCUCAAAGGCUUGUUAUGCAUUCAGUAUUAAGGCACACAUUUCAUUUGCAAGCAUAAUCCAUAACUCCAAAACGUGUUAUCAGUAAGUAGAUAUCAAUAUGGUCAUGCUAAAUUUUGUAGGUGGUUAUAUGCUAGUUUGGACUAGAAAUAAGGCAAUUUUAACAAUGAGGGUAUUAAGCAAUUUACUGAUGUAUAUGGUAGAUUCUUUGUUACUUGACUUCUUUAAAGCAAGUAUAGCUGUGUUUCUAAACAAUAGAUUUUAGCCAAGUCAAAGCUAUUGCAGUUUGAAACUCUAUGUAUUACAUAUGAGGCCAAUCUAGAUAAGCAUAAUGGCUCCCUUCUGACCUUACAGGCCAUGAAACUAUUGAUUUAAUUAUAUAGGGCUAGGUCCUAUAAAGUUAUAGGGCCAGGUCUUAAGCAGAAUUUGGCCCUAAAUAUUACAAAAGUUCCGGUCUCUAAAACAAGAUGCAGAGUUCCCUUUGCUCCAACUGAUGUCAUUCAGCAGCUUGUACAAGGGGGCAGUACUGCUUACAGGUUCAGGGCUCGAUUCAUCACUGCCUUGCUUCAGGUUCCUUCUGCAACUCCACUGCUGUCAGUCAUGCCCCACUAACAAACCUGGUGAUGACUGGUUCAAGGUGUCUUCUCAUAGAGUUUUGGGGCCAACUUCUCAGCAACAGUAGGAUGCUGGAACUGAGGAUCAUUGGAUUGGAUGCCAAAAGCUGAAAAUCUAAGAAAGCUGAAGUGUUUAAGAACUGGUUGUGAAUAAAUGGGAGUCAAAAUGACAUCAAAUGCAUAUUAGAGUUUGUUUUCUAUUUACUCUCCAGUUUGUAAUACUUCUGUGUAGAAUGACAGCAAAUAUUUCCCUAUCAAGUUUGUCCUUGUCCAUUUUCCAAUAGCACCUAUUUUAAUAGAGUCUGGUAAAGCCAUGCUACGUUCUAUGCGGUGUUUUGUUUCUUCACCAGCAACAUAAAUGAUGAAUCCAUGCCAGAUAUUGAUAGUCAAGCAGGACUCCCACUAGAAAUGCAGUUUAGGUGCCUGCAUCAAUAGAAGAUGGAAGGACAUUUGCACAUGUGAAGAAUAAACCGAUAAUGUUUAUAGGUACACUUCAGGUACUUCAUAUAUGGCCUGAAUUGUUAAACAUUGUUCCCUUUAAAGUACUUGAAUUAGACAGCCACAGCAGGAUCUUAGCUUCAUUCUCUUGCACAAGAUUAGAGCUUAAUCUAUCACACAGGUUUUUAAAGGUUAAAUAUACCCACUUGCACUAAAUAUAUCAUACACAUGCAGUACAGUCUCUUUAACAGAACUGUAGCCACUAAUAUGAAACAUAAUACUGUACAAACCUACAAAUGCCUGUUUUUGAAUUUGUAAGUCAAUAGAUAACCGUUCAUGUAGCUUGUAAAUGCAGAUGACCCUAACUUCCAAUGUUCAACCUGAAUCCACACUUUCUUCAAAUUUGGGGUUGUUACUCUUUAGUUCAGGCUCUUUUCUAUUUCUAAAACUCUUGUAUUAUCAAUUAUUGUUCCCUAUCAAUUGCUCUCAUCUCAAACCAGUUGUCACAAGAUAUCCAGUCACCAUGUCUGGUUCAGGAGCUAGGUAAAAGCUUGCACAUUGAAGGAUGUCUGUAAGAAGCAGCGUCCAAAAUAUUUUUCACUUCAAGGAAGAAAGAAAAUAUAUUUAGUAACCUUGAUCAAUUUUGAACAUGCAGAUGACUAAACAAUACAGUAGUGCCAGUGAGUACAGAAGUAUUUUUGAUGCUUGAUGACAGGAAUGUAUCUGAUAUAUUCUAAACACUUCAGUGAUAUAACUGCCUGGGCAUUGAAAUUUGAAUAUAGAAAUAUUUCUGUAAAUUCAGUGUUCAUAAUUACCCCAGGGCCAAAUCCUACAAGUCCUCUGUUAGUCAACUGGUGAGAAGUUGCCUGUAGAAACGCCAUAGGACUUAGUUGAGUAUCAACAGCCAAGGUACUAAUAGAUGAAUCAGCUGUAGAACUGCAGCAUUAUAUGACUUAUUAAUUUUCAUAAGAUGUUAUUUUAACAGCACUGUUAGAUGUUGAGAAUUAAGUUGAUAGGAACUAAAAGAAAACAAAACACUGCGCAAACUAUGGGGCUGCUUCUAUAAAUUUCCUACUGCAGUCUAUGAGAAUUUUACGUUAAGGUUUUUAAGUUUGGCUUGAUAUUUCUGGAGGAAUUAUAAUGGGCCAAACUCGUAUCCCAUUGGUAAACACAGGCCAAAUUCAACCGGAGCUUUUGCCAUUAAAUUCUAGGGAGAGAAGAUUUGGCCCUUAGGUUUUUGCAUUUGGAAAGGUAACACCUUUUUUUGAAUUAGAGCCUGUGGACUGAAUGGAAGUAGUUCAGUAUAUAUGACGCACACUAGAUUGUGCAAGUGAGAUCGAUGGGACAUGCCAUUGGAGGAAAAAGUAUUUUUAGGAAACAAACAUUAUUGCCAAGAUGUAUUCAAUUGAAAAGUUGUACCAAAAUGGACAAUGAAUUUCAGUUUCUGUAUAGGAAUGUAAUUACUAAGGGUUUUUUUUAAGACAUUUCUCAUUAAAACUUGUACCUAUCUCCUUUGAAUUAAAUGGGAGUUUUGCCACUGACUUCAAUAGGAAAUGAUCCACAAUGCAUAUUUCUACCAAAAAGAUUAACUAUAAACAUCAAGAGUCUGAGCCAUAGCUUAGGAGCAUGGAAUGGUCACACUGUCUAUAACUGUUUAGCUAAAAAAAAUAUAUAUUGAAUAAAUUGGGCUUAGGUAAUUUUUGGUGUGUAUGUGAGUGUAUGAGUGAGUGCACAGGUGGGUUGCUUAUGGUGAAAAAGACAAGUUGCUGAAUGCAUUUUUUUCAGACUUUUAGGUUCCUUUUUUGAGGUUUUUUAAUUGUAUUUAUUUCUCUGCAAAGCGUAGAGUAAUUUGAAAGAUGUAUCACACACUAUGUGUAAUGGAAGCUACUGUUAACAUCUAUUGUAAACAUGAGUUUACAAGCAAACCCUUUAAUACUUGAUAUGUGAAAAUAAAAAUAGCAUAUCCCGUGUCUUUUAUUUAUGACCCAAAAAACCCUGCACAAAA